AUGAAGCACCACCAUUUCCUUCUCGUAUCUUUACCCAUCCAAAGCCACAUCAACCCCACUUUCCGACUAGCCACCAGACUCACACGCACCGGUGCUCAAGUCACUCUGGCCACCACCAUCAGCGGCCUCAAAACCCUCCCUUCAAUCUCCGGCAUGUCUUACCACUUCUUCCCCGGCGGCGGUGCUGAUGGAAAACUAACCUCCAUACAAGAACUCAAAUUCCCUGGGUCAAUAAACCUCAAAGAACUCUUGCUAACAAAAGCUAAAGAGGGACAAAAGGUGGAUUUAUUAAUCUAUGGUCUUUCCCUUCCAUGGGUGGCAGAGGUGGCGCGUGAACUCCACGUGCCGUCGGCAUUAUUCUUUUUCCAGUCGGCAGCUUCUUUUUCGGUGGUUUACCAUUUCUUUAAAGGUGACGGUGGGGUAGGAAAUUCCAAUAUUGACCUUACUGGUUCAAUAAAAUUACCAGGAUUGCCAUUGUUAAGAUAUAGUGAAAUCCCUUCUUUUCUCAUCCCCACCCAUCGAUAUGCUUAUGUUUUCCAAGAACAUAUAGACACCCUAGAAAAACACCCAAAUUCGUUCAUACUAAUCAACAGUUUUGAUGGGUUAGAAGAAGAAUCGAUUAAAUCACUACCGGAUCACAUUAACAUCUUCUCCGUCGGACCAUUGAAUUCCGGCGAAACGGAGGAGCCGUUCGUCAUUGAUACUAUUCAGGAUUCCGAUCGAGAAAAAUAUCUUAGAUGGCUAGACUCGAAACGGGAGAAAUCAGUGGUUUACGUUUCCUUUGGAAGCUUGGUGAAGUUACAGAAAAAUCAAAAAUAUGAGAUAUUUCAAGGAUUAAUCGAAUUAGGUUACCCGUUUUUGUGGGUCAUUCGCAAUCAAGGAGAGGAUGAUGAAGAGUCGAGGCGUUACACGGCGGAAGGCGGUGGGUUGAUAGUGAGAUGGUGUUCGCAGGUGGAGGUUCUGAACCACGUUGCUGUUGGGUGUUUUGUGACGCAUUCUGGGUGGAACUCGACGGUGGAGAGCAUGGUAAGUGGGGUGCCGAUGGUGGGGUAUCCGCAGGAUGCCGAUCAGAAGAUGAAUGCAAAGAUGGUGGAGGAAGUGUGGGGGAAUGGGGUGAAGGCGGUGGCGGAUGGUGAAGGUGUGGUGGGGAGGGAAGAGAUGAAGAGGUGUUUGGCGGUGGUGAUGGGAGGUGGAGAGAUAACGAGGAACUGUGAGAAAUUGAAAAGCAUGGCUAUGGAGGCCAUGUCGGAGGAUGGAUCUUCACAUAGAAAUCUAAAUCGAUUUUUCCAAACCUUAAAACUUGUUUCAGAAUGA